AUGCGAAACACUUGGCUGUCUCCCCGGAGUGCGAUUUGGGAAUACUGGACAUCGCUGAUUGCGUGUCUCUUUUGGAUUCACUACUCUUACGGGAUGCCUCAUGUUAUUCGAAUAGGAGGGAUUUUCGAACAAACAGAUGGACCUGUUUCACUCGUUAGCGCCGAGGAGCUUGCCUUUAAGUUUGCUGUCAAUAACAUUAACAGAAACAGGACUUUGUUGCCAAACACAACACUAACAUAUGACAUACAGAGGAUUAAUAUCUACGACAGUUUUGAGGCGUCGAGGAAAGCUUGUGACCAGCUGUCUUUAGGUGUGGUCGCGAUAUUUGGGCCCUCGCACAGUUCAUCGUCGAACGCUGUGCAGUCCAUCUGCAACGCGCUGGAGGUGCCGCACAUCCAGGUGCGGUGGAAACAUCACCCCAUGGACAACCGGGACACCUUUUAUGCCAAUUUAUACCCGGAUUAUUCUUCACUAAGCUAUGCUAUCCUGGACCUGGUGCAGUUUCUCAAAUGGAAAACAGCCACCGUCGUGUACGACGACAGCACAGGUCUUAUAAGACUACAGGAGCUGAUCAUGGCCCCCUCCAGGUACAACAUCAGGCUAAAGAUCCGUCAGCUCCCUCUUGACACGCAGGACACGAGACCCCUUCUCAAAGAAAUGAAGAGAAGCCGGGAGUUCCGCAUCAUCUUCGACUGCAGCCACCACAUGGCUGCACAGGUUCUCAAGCAGGCCCAGACCAUGGGGAUGAUGACAGAGUACUACCACUAUAUCUUCACCACUCUGGACUUGAUGGCCAUUGACCUGGAGCCGUAUCGCUUCUGUGGUGUCAACAUGACCGGCUUCCGCAUCCUCAAUGUGGAUAAUCCUCAGGUCGCAUCUAUUGUGGAGAAAUGGUCGAUGGAAAGGCAGAUACCACCUAAACCUGACUCAGGCCUGCUGGAGGGCAUCAUGACGACAGAUGCAGCUCUGACCUAUGAUGCAGUCCACAUUGUAUCCGUGUCGUACCAGCACGCGCCACAGAUGACGGUGAACUCGCUGCAGUGCCACCGCCACAAACCCUGGAGAUUUGGAGGGCGCUUCAUGAGUUUCAUCAAAGAGUCCCACUGGGACGGUUUGACGGGGAGACUGUCAUUCAACAAGACAAGCGGUCUACGCACAGACUUCGACCUGGACAUCAUCAGUCUGAAGGAGGAUGGACUUGAAAAGGUGGGGAAGUGGAGUGCGUCAGGAGGUCUUAACAUCACAGAAGUGCCGAAGCGAAAAGGGAUGAACAUCACUGAUUCUCUGGCUAACCGCUCCCUCGUCAUCUCCACCAUCCUGGAGGAGCCAUAUGUCAUGCUUAAGAAGUCUGACAAGGCGCUGGUCGGGAACGACCGUUUUGAAGGAUUCUGCAUCGACUUACUCAAAGAGCUGGCGAACAUCCUGGGCUUCACGUACGAGAUCCGUCUUGUGCCUGAUGGGAAAUACGGCUCCCAGGACGAGAAGGGCCAGUGGAAUGGCAUGAUCAGGGAACUCAUUGAACACAGAGCAGACCUGGCAGUGGCUCCUCUGACCAUCACCUACAUGCGUGAAAAGGUCAUCGACUUCUCCAAGCCCUUCAUGAGCAUGGGCAUCAGCAUCCUGUACCGCAAACCCAACGCCACCAACAACGGCUUCUUCUCCUUCCUGAACCCCAUGACUCCCGACAUCUGGGUCUACAUCCUCUUGGCCUACCUGGGCGUUAGCUGUGUCCUUUUUGUCAUUGCCAGGUUCAGCCCAUAUGAAUGGUAUGACGCCCAUCCUUGUAACCCCGGAUCAGACGUGGUGGAGAACAACUUCACCCUCCUCAACAGCUUCUGGUUUGGAGUCGGCUCUUUAAUGCAACAAGGUUCGGAGUUGAUGCCCAAAGCCCUUUCGACCAGGAUCAUCGGUGGCAUCUGGUGGUUCUUCACACUCAUCAUCAUAUCGUCCUAUACGGCUAAUUUAGCAGCUUUCCUCACUGUGGAGAGAAUGGACUCGUCUGUGGACUCAGCCGACGACAUCGCUAAGCAGACCAAGAUCGAGUACGGCGUGGUCAAAGAUGGCGCAACCAUGUCUUUCUUCAAGAAAUCUAAGGUUUCUACUUUUGAGAAGAUGUGGGCUUUUAUGAGCAGCAAGCCAAGCACAUCACUGGUGAAGUCUAUUGAAGAUGGGAUUCAGAGGGUGCUGAAGUCUGACUAUGCUCUCAUUAUGGAGUCCACAACUAUCGAUUACAUCACUAGGAGGAACUGUAACCUGACACAGGUGGGAGGACUCAUUGACAGCAAAGGCUACGGCAUCGGCACUCCCCUCGGCUCCCCGUACAGGGACAAAAUCACCAUAGCAAUCCUAAGCAUCUUGGAGGAUGGGCGCCUACACAUGCUGAAGGAGAAGUGGUGGAGUGGGAGCAGCUGCUUGGAUGAAGACCGUCGCGAGACAGGCCCCAUGGGUAUCCAGAACCUGGGUGGUAUAUUCAUUGUGCUGGCAUCUGGCCUAGUGCUGUCUGUUUUUGUGGCAAUCGCUGAAUUCAUCUACAAGCUAAGGAAGACUGCAGAACGUGAGCAGAGGUCUUUGUGCAGUGCCAUGGUGGACGAGAUCAGACUGUCGUUCACCUGCGAGAGGCGGGUGAAGCACAAGCCUCAGCCUCCAGUCAUGGUGAAGACGGAUGCAGUGAUCAACAUGCACGCCUACAACGACCGACGACUCCCAGGAAAGGACAACAUGAGCUGCAGCACUGGGAUGACUCCCGUGUUCCCAUGACAAU